AUGAUCGGCGGCAUGCGCAUGGACCUGGAGAAGUCGCGGUACGAGACCUACGACGAGCUGUACGACUACUGCUACCGUGUGGCAGGAACGGUGGGCCUCAUGUCCGCGCCCGUCAUGGGCAUCGACACGCAGUACAAGGGACCCCUGGACCCAGUGUACCGCGCCGCGCUGAGCCUGGGCACCGCCAACCAGCUCACCAACAUCCUCAGGGACGUGGGCGAGGACGCACAGCAGCGCAGCCGGGUGUACCUGCCACUGGACGAGCUGGCACGCUUCGGCAUCAGCCCCGGGGAGGUGCUGGAGGGCACGCUGGCGCGCGCGCCCGGCCAGGUGGACCCGCGCUGGGCGGCCUUCAUGCGCUUCCAGAUCGAGCGCACGCGCGCCGUCUUCUCCGAGGCGGAGGGCGGCAUCCGCCAGCUGUCGCGCGACGCGCGCUGGCCGGUGUGGAGCGCGCUCAUCCUGUACCGCCAGAUCCUGGACGCCAUCGAGGCCAAUGGGUAUGACAACUUCACGCGCCGCGCCUACGUGCCCAAGUGGCGCAAGCUGGCCACCCUGCCCUCGGCCCUGGUCCUGGCCCAGGCGCCCUGGAAAACCAUCGCCUCUCCUGGCAAGGGCAUCCUGGCCAUGGACGAGUCCAACGCCACCUGCGGCAAGAGGCUGGAGGGCAUCGGCCUGGAGAACACGGUGGAGAACAGGCAGACCUACCGCGAGCUCCUGGUGACCACCCCGGGCCUGGGCGAGUACAUCUCAGGCGCCAUCAUGUUUGAGGAGACUCUGUUCCAGGACACCCGUAAGGGCACCAAGAUGACCGAGGAGUUGAAGAAGCAGGGCAUCGUCCCCGGCAUCAAGGUCGACAAGGGGUGCGCAGGCCUGGACGGCCUGGACGUGCGGUGCGGGGAGUACUACCGCGCAGGCGCGCGCUUCGCCAAGUGGCGUAGCGUGGUGUCCAUCCCCUCCGGGCCCACCCCCCUGGCGGUGCGCGACUGCGCCUACGGCCUGGCGCGGUACGCCGCGCUGGCGCAGAGCGCGGGCCUGGUGCCCAUUGUGGAGCCCGAGAUCCUGCUGGACGGCGAGCACGACAUCGACCGCACGCUGGAGGUGGCCAGCGCUGUGUGGGCGGAAACCUUCAAGUACCUGGCGGACAACAACGUGCUGUUCGAGGGAAUCCUGCUCAAGCCCUCCAUGGUGACCCCGGGCGCCGACUCCGGCAACCCCGCCGCGCCCGAGGUGGUGGCCGACUACACGCUGCGCCUGCUGCGCCGCAGGGUGCCGCCCGCCGUCCCGGGCAUCAUGUUCCUCUCCGGCGGCCAGUCCGAGCUGGAGGCCACGCUCAACCUGAACGCCAUGAACCAGUCGCCCAACCCCUGGCACGUCAGCUUCUCCUACGCGCGCGCGCUGCAGAACUCCGUGCUGCGCACCUGGAAGGGGGAGGAGGCCAACUUCGAGGCCGCGCAGAAGGCGCUGAUCAAGCGCGCCGCCGCCAACUCCACCGCGCAGAGGGGUCAGUAUGACCCUGCCAACGAGUCCGAGGAGGCGGCCAAGGGCAUGUACGAGAAGGGGUACACCUACUGA